CGGACAGAGGUUGCGGCUCGAGUUUUUACGACUACGGCGGCGGCUUAACGCGAGAGAGGUUUACGGUCCUCCGUACGUAUUCCGCGGGACUUAUUUAUGAAUCGGAUGUGAGAUUUUAUGUUGUCUUUGUGUGGUGCAGCCCGCUGUGGAUUAUAAGUUUUAUUGCAGAUCCUUUUCUGAUCCGCUACAUGAUGGAAUGAAACUAGUGGCUCAUCUCAAGUACAUCGGCAAGUAUUCGACAUGAAAGAGGCCCUCCUUUCAGCCGUGGUGCUCCUUUGGGCGUCGAGAAUAGAAGCAAUAGAGCCCUCGCAAUGCAUUGCUCCCCUGGGGAUGGAAUCAGGCGCUAUCCGAGACGAGGAUAUCACAGCAAGCUCUUCGUUCGAACACGGAAAUGUCGGACCGCACCAUGGAAGGAUCAGAAACGAGAUCGACGGAGGUGCCUGGUGUCCUCAAGCUCAAGCCACCCCGGAAACCAAAGAGUGGAUCGAGAUCGACCUCCAUUCUGUCCACAUGAUCACCGCUGCGGAAACCCAAGGUCGUUUCGGUAACGGGCAAGGUGUGGAAUUCGCUGAGAACUACAUGUUAGAGUACUGGAGGCCUCGCCUGAACAAGUGGAUCCGUUACCGAAGCAGAACAGGAGAACUUUUAAAUGGGAACAUAAAUACAUAUCUUGAGAGUAAAACGAUGUUGGACCCUCCUGUAUGGGCCAGCAAGGUCCGGUUCUUGCCUUAUAGCAGCCACAAGAGGACCGUUUGCAUGAGGGUAGAAGUGUAUGGUUGUAAAUGGACUGAUGGCGUAGUGAGUUACUCGAUGCCCCAGGGAGACAAGCGUGGUACCAACUGGGAGUUCUAUGAUAGUACUUACGACGGACAUUGGGAUGGCGAGAAGCUAAAAUACGGUCUAGGACAAUUAACUGAUGGUCAAGUGGCACCAGAUGACUUCAAGCUGGCUUUCCACCAAGAGAACACACAGGGUUGGGUGGGAUGGAAGAACGAUACAAGGGAAAACAAGCCUAUCGAGAUAACCUUCGAGUUCGACAAAGUGCGGGAGUUUUCUUCGGUGAACAUUUACUGCAACAACCAGUUCACGAAGGAAGUUGCCGUUUUUUCGGGGGCCAAAGUAUAUUUCAGUGUCGGCGGUAAACGUUACAAAGGUGAACCGAUAACCUUCGAUUACAUAGAAGAUCACAUCUUCGAAACUCCGCGCAAUAUAUCGAUCAAACUUCAUCAUAGAGUAGGAAGAUUCGUGAAACUUCAACUGCAAUUCGCAGCUAGAUGGAUCUUGGUCAGUGAAAUUACCUUCGAUUCCAUUCCAGUCAACGGAAACAUCACUGAAGAGGAGGAAGAACUGGAAGAACCCCCUCUGCAAAAAGACCAAAUCGCCACUCCAGGCAUCGAAAACAAAAACGUCGUGAGCGCGGUUAAUCCACCUUCAGGGCUAGGCCAGUACCUAGGGAUUAUCGUAGGGAUUCUUUCCGUGCUCGUAGUGCUAAUGGUAGUGGUUGUUCUCUACGUGGUAAUCCAACAGAGACGUUACAAAUCAUCCCCAAGGCCAUCCCAGGUGCCCAGCGGUUGCGACAAAGCUGCUCUCUACCGAGAACCGAGUCUGGGAAGACUUCCCGGAAGCUCCGACUACGCCGACGUCAGAGAUCCUGAGUACGCCGUUCCUCUGCAGCAGCCUCAAACACCUAGGGCACCUCCCCCGCUGCAUAACUUCUUCCCCAAGCCACCACCCGUACCCCCACCUCCCGAGAGGUACUACGCGGCAACGGAGAUUUGUAACACUGGGUUCAUACCGCCUCCGCCGCCGCUGUCCACGCCGCCACCGGUGCGAAUCGGAAGGCAGCCCAAGUACGUGUCGAACCGGACCUACGUGGGACCCUAGACUGUGAUAAAGACUGUUCCGUGCGCCUCGAGGGUAGAAGAUUUCUUUUAGCUCGACGUUGUCAUCAACUUCAAAAGGCUGAAGACUACCAAAUGUAUUGCUUAACUUAUUUAGGAACUAUGUACUAUACUUGCUUUAUAUGAAUAAGACAAUCCAAUAUUAUAUGUGGUAUUACUAAGUAGAUGUCUGUAAAUAUAUCCCUAUUUUAAAUUAAAGCUGUUUAUACCUUUGUAUAUACAUAUCCAUCAGUAUUGUAAAUAAAAUUAUGAUGAUAAUAAUAACUGAAACAUAGAAAA